AAGAAAAUUAGGGUUUUCUAUAAAAUGAGAAUCGAUUACUUAUGUGAUUGUAAAACGGAGCUUAAAUCUCGCAAUUUCUUGGGUGGUAAUGGUGGUGGAGGCCAUCAAUCUCCUAACAAAUUUAAAAUCAAAAACUAAAUUAACAUUAUAAAACGAUUCCGGUCGUUAUGGAAAACCGUUGACCUUUUGUUUGAGCCGUUUCUAUUUAUAUACAAAAAGACACCAACUGUGUUUUCUCUCUCUUUUUGGUUUUGGACCGUUUCAAUGUCAGUAAUAAGAUAAUUGUCCCCACGUCAUUAGCAUGAUUAAAUAAACACCACGUAAUUGCGACUUACGAGUUAAACUAAAUCACCAGAAAUAGAAAUUAAACUAAUUUAAGACGAAUAAUAUAAAGAAAGAGAUUGGGCUUGCUCAACUCUGAUGGAGCCCAUUUGUGAACUGUUCCACCAUUAUUCUACAUGCCAUCCACUCAUCCCAAUUCCUUGCUCAUUCACUCUCUCCUUUUCAAUCAUUUUCUUCUUGUCGACAUAUAACUUUUCAAUCACUUAAAUUAAUGAAAAAUAAAGUUUAAGCAAAAACUAUAGAUUCUAUGUUAAAUCUCAUGCCACACGGCGAUAGUUGAUUACUUGAUUGUGCUGAAAAGGAUG